AUGUCAGUCAUAUUCGACCCACAAAUGUAUGUAAAUUUAUUUACAAAACACGCAACUAUUGUGAAACAUUUGGGUGUGGAUGUUGAAGUGUAUGACUGGAAGAACGAAGUGACUAAUGUAUGCAAACCUCCUGGCAGCUGGCAUUUCAAAUUUAAUGCUUGCAAACGAUUUAUACUGCACAAAGGACGCCAGAAUGUAAGCGUACAAGGAGAGGAAAACUACAGAAGCGAAUGUACUCAGCCAAAAUAUGUGACUAAGAAGGGAAGACGUUGCGCGGAAUUGGAACCUGUAAUAAGACGAAAGGGGAAUAAAAUUAAUAUAAAAAAAAUUGCUGAUGUCUCGAACCUGUUAUCGAAGCACUUUGGUGAAGACUGGAGAACUAUUGAGAGUUUAGCUUACUAUAGGGACAUUGAACUUAAUAAUGACAAUUCCGAAGAACGUGAAGAUCUAGUAUGCGUACCGCUUGAAGAAAGUGACAAUUGUAUUUGA